AUGGGCUUAUGCACUAAAGCAGAAGCAGUUUUGCAAUUCAAGCCAGGAGUUGUUUCAUAUUUUCGGCAGAAAAGACAGGUAGCUUUCGCCUUGCUUCCUCUGAUUGAUGAUGAAAUUAAUCGCCUAGAGAAAUUGGGCGUCGUAAAGCGAGUCGAUUUAGCACAAUGUUCUGCUCCAAUUGUUGUUGUGCAAAAGGCAAAUGGUGGUGUAAGAAUCUGUCCGGAUUUUUCUAUAGGGCUCAACGAUGCGUUGGAGCCACAUCAAUUUCCACUAACUUUGACGGAAGAAAUUUGUAUAUCGUUGCAGGGAGGUAAGUAUUUUUCAACCAUUGAUCUGUCAGAUGCAUACUUACAGGUGAAAGUGAGUGAAGAUUUACAACAGCUGUUGACAGUCAAUACUCACCAAGGUUUGCUGCAGUACCAGAGACUACCUCUGGGAGUAAAGAACGGACCAGGUACGUUUCAACAAAUAACAAGCACAAUGUUGACUGGAUUGAAGGGUGUAGUGCCAUUUAUUGAUGACAUCAUCAAAGCUGCAGAGUCUAUUGAACAACAUAGGCAUAUUCUCGAGCUCGAAUUACAGUGCAUUCAAGAAUGGGGAUUUAAAUUAAACUACGAAAAAUUUCGAUUUUUCCAACCACAGGUGAGGUUUUUGGGGUUUGUGUUUGACAGCAGCGGACGAAGGCCCGACCGAAAGCGUAUAUCAGCAAUUGCAUACAUGCCGGAGCCUGAGGACACUAUAGAGGUACGUUCAUUUUUGGGAAUGCUCAACUUUUAUUCGCAAUUCAUUGCAAAUGUGCGUAUUUCACGCCCAAUUGAUAACCUGCUCAAGAAGAAUGUAAAGUUCCGUUUGUCUGAUGAAUGUCAUGCUGCGUUCAACAAAGCUAAAGAAGCAAAGGAAAUUAUAGUUGCUGGGGAUGCAUUGAAAGACGGCAUUGGUGGAGUUAUGGUGCAUAGAUUUCCAGAUGGUUCCAAAUAG